AGGACAUGAUACCUAACCUUAGAAGGCGUUCGAGGUUCAACCAAAUCUAGUGCAGGUAUAUAAACGUCAAAAUAUGUUUGACCCAGCGUUCGUGUCCCUUCGAUCCAAUUUCUAUCAGACUACAUGCUCAUUCAAACAUGGCUUAUGGAAGAUAUAUCGCUCGUAUGACCCUUCGAGGCUCCGACGCCGACGAUACAUUUCCAGAACGGCACACUUUAUUAGACUCUCCACCCGAGCCUAAGACGCAGUCAGACGCCGCAGAUGAAGUUGGUCCCGUUGACACUACGACGAGGCCACUUCGAAGGCGAUCGAGACGUAGAUCGGAGAGCAUUGAAGGAUAUGAGAUGAGGGACCGUUAUUGGGAGGCGAUGGAUAUCAUCGAUCGCGACCUCAAGGGAGCAGCCAAAGCGCCAGCGGUCUGGGACUACGUCUAUGACCCAGUUUGCCUACCUCCUUCUGGAGGAGUCAAGACGCCCGCCAUCCAAAGACUAGGAAAUAUGCCGAUUCGAAGAGCUUGGAGGCGUCGAAAUAGUCGUGAACGCCCCGAUUUAGGUUCGACACGAACUGUUGAAGCCGCCAUGCUAUAUGAGAGAGGUAUGAUGCUUUCCCAAUCACGAUGUACGUAUUGCCAGCAAGGCCACGGUAUAUCGCCAGACUGCGUAGUUGAGGAGCCGUUGGAUGGAAUUGAGGAAUUGCACGACAGCAUUGGCGCACUUAGACUGGCGUGCAGUAACUGCCAUUACGAUGCGCAGGAUAGUCAAUGCGACGCGCAGACAUCCUCCACAGGGCCAAGGCUACCUUCCAGAACACAGACUCCGAGCCAGAUCAAGAGGUCGUUCGCCUCAGAUCCAAUACAUUUGGAAGUGCUCGAUCUAAUUGACAAGGCAUUGAAGAUGAGUAAUGGCGAUGGGAAAGAAGAUGUGAUUGCUCGGGCCAAGCAGAUAGAGGCGGCAGCAUUGGAGAUCGCGAAAGCAGCACAUGAGUGGGGACUGAGCAUCAAGGGGAAACGACAACAGAACGUAGAUCCAACAAAUCCAUCAAGUUAAUAGAUCGCCCUUAGGCACAAGUCAGCCUGUGGCGUAGGCGCGGUUAUGUGACUGCCUAGGUGCCUGGUUAAUUGAGGCGGAUUUAUGAUAUUUCAUUUCUGGUAGGUUAGGGGGAGGAUGUUGAAUGAAAAGACUAGAAUAGAUAC